CGACCUCUCCAAACACAAACCGGAAAGAAGAAAAGACAUGGCGAGUUCAGUGCUCUACGGCAUCACCGAGAGGGUCCUGCAGAAGCUGGGCUCUCUUGCCCUUCAAGAAGAUGCCUUGGUUGAUGAUGGCACUGAAGCCAAGCUGAGGAAGCUUCAAUACGCUCUGGCUUCCAUUAAGGGGGUGCUCUUGGAUGCUGAAGAGAAACAGGGGAAUAACUACAAGCUCAGAGCGUGGUUAGAGCAGCUUAAAGAUGUCUUGUAUGAUGUCGAGGACUUGCUUGAUGAUGUCCGUUGUGAAGCCUUGAGGAAGAAACUGAAUGGUCAACAACGAAAACAUGGCAAGGUACGCCACUUCUUUUCUUGUUCCAAUCCCUUCACAUUCUAUGUGAAAAUGGGCAAAAAGAUUUGUAAGAUAGAAGGAAGAUUGAAACAGAUGGUUGGUGAGAUUGAGGGCUUCGGUCUCAGCAAGCGAGCCUGUGAUGGCAGUGUAGGAGGAGCGAGAGUGAGAGAGAUGAAACCCAACUUGGUGGGGGGCUUCGAUCCCAUCAUUGGGAGGGAUGCUGAUAAAGAUAAGAUAAUUGAGCUGUUGAUGCCGCAAGAUCCGCCUAGAGAUGGCGCAAAUCUUUCCGUGAUUCCCAUUGUUGGAAUAGGAGGUUUGGGCAAGACUGCACUUGCUAGAUUGGUAUCCGAAGAUGUUAGAGUGCGAGAACACUUUGCUUUGACAACUUGGGUGAGCAUGCCUGGUGAUUUUAAUGUGAGGCUGAUCAUGGAAAGGAUCAUCCAGAGUAAACUUGGCCAAAGUUUGAACAACUUGGACUUUCCCCAGUUGCAGACUCUUCUGAGGGGCGUUAUAAGUCGCUGCAGGCUCUUACUGGUCCUAGAUGAUGUGCGGAAAAUGAAUUGGGCUGAUUGGGAUUAUUUGAGGUCUCAGUUGGCCGAAGCUGCCAAUGGAACCAAGGUUAUUAUGACCACGCGAGAUAAGAAUGUACGUAUCGUCACAAAUUCUCUACUGGUGUACAACUUGCAGGGCCUUUCACAUGAAGACUCUAUGUCCUUGUUCAAGACAUGGGCAUUUGACCAAAACGAAUGGGAAAUGAGCCCGCAUCUCCUCCAGAUCGGGGAUGAGAUUGUAGGAAAAUGCAGGGGAGUCCCUUUGGCUUUGAAGAUGUUGAGCGGCCUACUGUACUCAAAGAACGAUGAACAAUUUUGGGAGCUGGUGAGAGCCGACGAUAUGUGUAGAUCCAUAAAGACAGAGGAGGACAUUUUAUGCAUCCUAAAACUGUGUUUCAUCUAUUUGCCAUCCCACUUAAAACGAUGUUUUGCCCUGUGUUCAGUUUUUCGUAGGGGCACCAUCAUAAGCAAUUUAUAUAUGGCUUAUUUCUGGAUUGCAUGUGGGCUCGUUCCUCCAUCAAAUGAAAACAGAGCUCCUGAAGACGCCUGUGACAAGUACUUGAAAGAGUUGUGGUCCAGAUCCUUCUUCCAAGUAGCCUGGCAGAGUGGUUCAUCUCUCGAUUUUAACAUGCACGAUUUACUUUACGAUCUAGCAUUAUCAGUGUCAACGGAACAAAUCGACUGCUCCAUGCUUAGUCAUUGUUCCCAGACAAUUCCAGAGAGAACUCGACAUGUUUCGUUACUGCAAACUGUUUCGUCGGGGCAGUUGAAAGAGAACGAAUCCCCACCAUUCUUGAGCAGGUUAAAGUCGAACAGAGUGCGAAUGAUUGAUUGUGUGUCCCAGGACAUGUGCAAUACAAGAGAUCUUGACAGCAUGUCUAAGUGCGAGUACUUGAGGUUUUUGCACUUGUCCUUUUCUAGCUUUGAAGAGCUACCAAGUUCCAUAGGCAAGUUAAAGCAUCUCGCAGUGCUUAGCCUUUGGGGUAACUUCCGCAUGAAGAAACUGCCGGAUGCUAUGUGUGAGCUGCAUAGUUUGCUGUUUUUAUCUGUUAUCGGGUGCUCAGGACUAGAGGAAUUGCCUCGAGACAUGGAUAGGAUGAUCAACCUUCGAUGUCUGUGGUUGACUACGAAGCAGAGAAGUCUCCUCGAGAGUGGAAUUCAUCGCAUGAAGUCCUUGAGGUACUUGGUGAUCCAUAAUUGUGGAAAUCUAGAAGUGUUGUUUGGUGGCACAAUAUGCUUGAACAACCUACUAUCUUUGGAAAUAAACAAUUGUCCACGUCUAGUGUCUCCGCCGCUGAGUGAACUGACCGCACUGGAGUCACUGAACAUCAGAGGUUGUGACAAGCUCAUGUUGACUCAACUCAAUUAUAACGAAUCAGACCUCUUCCUGAAGCUACGUUUCUUCACAGUCUCCGCUUCACCACUAUUGGUGCACUUGCCGCAGUGGCUUCUGGCCUCUGCUGACACCUUAGAGGAGUUGUACAUUAUUGACUGCGAAAACUUGAUGGCUCUACCGGAGUGGCUGCAAGAUCUUACACAACUCAAAACGCUUCAUGUCUUUGGGUCUCCUCAAUUAUCAUCGAUGCAAGGAGUGGAUUUGCUCACUGCACUCCAAGAGCUGUGCAUUGAAGGCUGCCCUGAACUGAGUAAAAAAUGUCAGGCGGAAGAUGGGGAGCUUUGGCCUGAGGUUUCUCAUGUGCCCUUCAUCGAGGUCGACUGGAAAGUGGUCCAAUCGAAUGAUCAUUAGGUUAUGUGGAUUGUCUGCUUAAAAGCACAUGGAGAGAGACUUCUCUCUAUAACUCUAUUUCCGGAAGUUCAUACGUCUGCUGAACCUUCCCAAGCCCGCAGGCCAAGUAUGUCAACAUUUUCUGCAUUGAUUUAUCUUGUGUUCAGGUUGAAGACGAACGCUGCUUCUUCUUUAAGUAGACCGAGACUCAUUCUGCUAUUGUUUGAGCGCGUUUCAACGCUUGUAAUUUCUUUAGAGAUGAAGACAAAGCUACAUAUUAUUAGUCUGCCCUCUUGAGGAAUGUCUUUAUGCGUUCUGGCUUUUGGAAACUAUGCAUUGCUCUUUGACAUUAGACAACUUUUUAUC